AUGGCUAAAGGUUAUUGUACAGGACGGUGUAUGGAGAAAAUCUACAUCACAGAAAGUACUGCUAGAUCCCUGUGCUGCAGAAUUGAUCCUCUUGCCAGCCUGCUGCAGUGCCCUGGAUCCCCGUGCCUGCCUGCUGCAAUGCCCUGGAUCCCCGUGCCUGCCUGCUGCAGUGUCCUGGAUCCCCGUGCUGCAGAGCCGGAACGCCAUGCCUGCCUGCUGCAAUGCCCUGGAUCCCCGUGCUGCAGAGCCGGAUCACCAUGCCUGCCUGCUGCAGUGCCCUGGAUCCCCCUGCCUGCCUGCUGCGGCGCCCUGGCUCCCAUGCUGCAGUGCCCUGGCUCCCCGUGCCUGCCUGCUGCGGUGUCCUGGAUCCCCAUGCUGCAGAACUGGAACCCCAUGCCUGCCUGCUGCGGCGCCCUGGCUCCCCGUGCUGCAGUGCCCUGGCUCCCCGUGCCUGCCUGCUGCAGUGUCCUGGAUCCCCGUGCUGCAGAGCCGGAACCCCAUGCCUGCCUGCUGCAGUGCCCUAGAUCCCCGUGCUGCAGUGCCCUGGAUCCCCGUGCUGCAGUGCCCUGGAUUCCUGUGCCGGCUUGCUGCAUAGCCAAGACCUACGACUCUCCUUUAAUGCUUCCUCCCCAGUACAUCCUCCUCCUCCACAGCUAG